CGUGUGCUCCCGAGUUCACCUCGUAGAGAUCUCGACGGUGAGAAGAAUGGCAACGGCGCAUCGUUCACCAAAGCGAGAGGCGAUGAAACAAGGAAGGCGGUGAGGCGGACGGCUGCGGGGCCAUCGGAAUAGGCGGGAGGCGGCGGCGGGCAGCGACGGGAGGACGGCGGACUCUCGCCGAGGCAGAUACAGCGGAUUGCCGCGAAGAAGCGGAAAGCACAUGCCCAGCGGCGGCGCCCCUCUCGCCGUCUUCUUCGUCUCGUCCCUCAAGUCCGGCGCGCGCCUCCGCCACGGGGAGCAGCUCCACGCGCUCGCCGCCAAGUCGGGCCUCCUCGCCUCCAACCCCUUCGUCCGCAACUCCCUCCUCGCCUUCUACGCCCGGCUCCCCUCCCCAGAGGCGCCGGCGCUCGCCCACCACCUGUUCGACGAAAUUCCCCUGGCCCUCCGCGACCCCGCCGCCCACAACACCCUCCUCGCCGCCCUCGCCCGCGCGGGCCGGCUCGACCUCGCGCGGCGCAUGCUCGCGGAGAUGCCCCAGAGGGACACCGUCUCGUACACCACCGUCCUGACCGCCCUCGCGCGUGCCGGCCAUGCGGAGGACGCCGUGGCCGUCUUCCGCGGCAUGCUCGCCCAGGACGUGCCUCCCAACGAGGUGACACUUGCGGGCAUGCUCACGGCUCUGGCCCAGGAGAGGCCGCCGGUGCCGGUGGGUGUGGCACAUGGAGUCACCGUGCGACGCGGGCUUGAUGGGUUUCUCAUUGUGGCCACCAACCUGGUCCAUGCUUAUGCGGCAGCGUCACAGGUUUGUUUUGCCCGUGAGAUCUUUGAGCAGAUGCCGUAUAAGAACACAGUCACUUGGAAUGCCAUGCUUAAUGGUUAUCUGAAGACUGGGAUGGUUCAUAUGGCUGCUGAGGUUUUUGGGAGGAUCCCGGAAAGGGAUGCGGUCUCUUGGUCGACGAUGAUAGAUGGGUAUAUCCGUGCAGAUUGUGCAUCAGAAGCCCUGAGGGCAUAUGUUGCCAUGAUGGCUGAGGUGGACACGAGGGGCAAUGCAGCGCUGCUUGUUGAUUUGAUAAAGGUGUGUGCUCGACAUGCUGCGGUUUUAGAAGGGCAGCAACUACACACAGCCAUUCUGAAGGAUGGUUUUGAUGCCCAUCCGUUUGUACAAGCGACCCUUAUCCAUUUCUAUGGUUCUUGUGGUCGUCUUGACCUUGCCCGGAUGCAAUUCAAAUUAUCAGACAAAUCACACAUUGCAUCUUGGAAUGCUCUCAUGUCUGGUCUACUACAGAGGAAUCUAAUGCAUGAAGCAAGGCAACUGUUUGAUGACAUGCCUGAGAGGGACACAAUUUCAUGGAGUACUUUGUUAUCUGGGUAUGUACAGAGUGGACAUUCAAACAAGGCUUUGCAGCUAUUCUACUUGAUGAUGGAUGCUGGUGUUGAACCAAACCAUGUCACCUUGGCAAGUACUCUAUCCGCAGUUGCCGAUUCUGGCACAUUGGAGCAAGGCAGAUUUAUUCAUGACUAUAUAAUCAGCAAAUCAAUCCAACUUACAGACAACCUGAGUGCUGGACUGAUUGAUAUGUACGCAAAGUGUGGUAGUGUCGCUGAUGCAGUUCAAUUAUUCAGUUAUGUUAAGCAUAAGUUAUCUUCUGUGUCUCCUUGGAAUGCUAUCAUCUGCAGUUUAGCCAUCCAUGGCCAUGCACACACGUCGCUUGAACUGUUCUCAGAACUACAAAGCACCAAUAUUAAGCCCAACUCUGUCACAUACAUUGGUGUCUUAAAUGCAUGCUGUCAUGCUGGGCUGGUAACCGAAGGGAGGCACCAUUUUGAGUCCAUGAGGAGAGAAUAUGGAAUCCAACCAACAAUUAAACACUAUGGUUGCAUGGUUGAUCUUCUUGGUCGAGCUGGACACUUGAAAGAGGCAGAAAAUCUUAUCCAGAUGAUGCCUAUGAAAUCAGAUGUGGUGAUAUGGGGCAGCAUCCUUGCAGCCGCGAGGACACAUGGAAAUGUAGCCUUAGGAGAAAAGGCUGCGGAAGAAUUGGCCAAGAUUGAUCCAAACCAUGGAGCAUCCAAAGUGGCCUUAUCUAAUAUCUUUGCUGAGGCUGCUCGCUGGAAUAAUGUGUCCUUAGUGAGGAAGGAACUCCAGGGCGAAAAUAUGGAGAGGUUUUCUGGAAGCAGUGGAGUUGUUCAGUAAUAGUAUAUAUCUUACAGUCUGAUGGAUAUGCCUCAUGGUGGUGCAUGUACUCUUGAAUCAAGACAUCUUUCUCCUCUCGCCAAAGCUUGCUCCAGCUCCCAGUUCAGAUGUGGAGUAAUCAAAUACAAGCUGCAAUGGGCCUAGGCUGUUCAGUAACAUUGUUAAGCGAAUAUUUCGACGAAGGGAUUUUACUACUGCCAUUGGUUGCUACUCUUAGGUCACCUGUUAUCUGUCUGUUCAUUAUUUAUUAAGUUGUCAUUUGUUUUUUUAUGGCAAAAGGUGUCAUUUGUUUUCAUUGAGUCUUACUUGAUCCAUGGCACCAUGUACACGCUGUAUCAAACAAAAUAAUAUUGUUCUUCUCCAUCUUCUGGAACAACCAUAGUUUAAUAGUUACUUAACCAUAGAUUUUUCUUUGGGAUAAAUGUAGCUUUAAAAUGUUCCUAUCAGACUGCAAACUUCUAUUCCUAGAGGUCAAUCUUGAUUUAUUUAUUUUUGAGCAUUGAAUGACUGUAGGAGAGAGGUCAAUCUUGAUUAUAGCUUUUUGAAUUUGCUUUGCAGUUUGUUGAAGCUGGUACCAUUAUUUUGCCCACAAUUUAUACCAGGCGUCAGUUAUCAUAUCAUGAAUGACAUGCCAUGAUAAGUUCUGGCUAAUGCAGUGCAGACUCUGUUGAUAUUUCCUACAUGGCCAACUGCGGUUUAUCUUCAGGCUGCGGUCCUAUUCUCUUCAGUCUUCUCCAAAGGCCAAUAAAAAGGGCAACAUAUAUAUGCAAGCUCACUAACAAUUUUGCGUGACCCAAUCUAUUUGAUGAGUAGAGGUGUAUAUCAAGGAAAAUUAAACAAGAAUAGGCAUUUUUCUUUUGAUCAUUGCCCUGCAAACUCAGAAUUCUUAACUAUAAUUAUUUGGGCUGCAAUAGGUGAGCUUAGGAUACUGUUUCCAA